AUGCUAACUAAAGGUUUGAUCGCAAGGGCAUUGCGAAACGCCUGUUCCAGAAGCGCAGAAUUGUGUUUCAUGGAAUGUGGACGAAGGGUUUACAAAGCUAUACCCACUCCCUCAGACUACGAACCAAUAGCUACUUUCUGUUAUUACACUGGGAUACACAACCACAGAGAGUUUAAUCUCCUCAUUAAUAUAACUGACAUUGAUGCCGACUUUGUAAAGAAGCAUUCAGUUAUUGAGUUUGAGGUUGGAGAUACUAAAGUGACUGCAGGAGCGAUUCCGUUAUCCCGGGAUAGGAUCUUGUCGAAUUUGCAGUGUAGAGCCCUGGUUAAGAUUAGGAUGUGCGACAAUGAGCUUCGCCUCAAAGUUUACAGGAAAAGCUUGGUUGGAAACACUUGUGUAGCUGACAUUGCCCUUAACAUUGACCGGGAUAUUAUAGAGGCUAAAUUCCCCAAGGAUAAAUGGUACUCACUGAAUGACGAUCCUUAUAAAAAGGAACGAAUAAAACUUUCAUUUUACAAAGUAUCAGAUGGGCUUAAUGUUAUUGACAAUAUAGUGUUGCAGCAGGCUUAUAUGUGCAUAAAUGACUACAAUGAGUCAGACAUUGAAGUUAAAAUUAACGCAACAAACCCCCAAAUAAUGCUACUGGCUGAGAAGUUGGCGUUAUUAUCAUACGCAUUGGAGGGACAUUUAAUCGCAAAGGAAGAUUAUGUAUCACAAAUGCGUUACUAUAAAACUUACCUGAAAGACGGAAAGUGGUAUUGGAGUUAUUGGAGCUGUAAACCUGAAUGCAGAGCUAAAAGAAAUCCCCAAGGUUCAAUAUACAUACUAAGCAUAAGCACGAUACUCAAACACCCUACCGAUUACUCAUCAUUUUACGUCAAAUAUCACACCAAGGACGGACCUCGUGAUAUAAUCUUCAAAACUGUUGAAAGAAGUAGAGAUAUAUGGACUGAUUCCAUCUACCUUUUCAUUCAAAACAUGAGGGAGUAUCUUGACCAGUUUGACGAUUUAAAAUCACUAGAAAAUUUUGUAGAUUAA